AUGUCGCCCGCAUCAAGGGGGACGCCUGAGUGUCCCAGAAAAAAAUCAAAAAAAUUUCACACGACGACGUACCCUCUACCCAACCUACAAUCCUUUGCUUGGAUGGGGGAAAGUGGAAAUCUCCUCUCCCCUCGCGAAACCAAUCAUGGUUUGGAUACAUACGUAAACCGAGUUGACGACCGAUUGUUUGACUUUUUCGUCUCCUCUUCGAGCAUCCUUUGCGUUGCCCCCGAGGCUCCAGGAUCGUCAGCAGCUGAAGGUAGCAUCAAUUGUUUUUGCUUGGACAAGUCGACCAUGAGUGCCCGAGCAAUCCGUGCUUUGCGUGGGGAGUCAAAUCGAAUUCCAUUUGUUGACCGAACGGAAAUCUCGCACGAGGAAGAGGAUUCCGAGGAUGAAACCAAAUCCGGUACAGAACUUCCAAUCCGAGCUUCGGCCUUCGCGGGAAUGGAGGAUUCAGACGAGGACGAUGAAGAAGACGAUGCUGAUGAAGAGGCCAUUGAGAGGAUCGAUUUAACAUCAAAAGAUAGACCUACCGAGUUUACAUUGAAAGCGAAGGACUCAAACGAUAGUGAAGACGAAACCGAGGAAGACUUGGACGCUUUACUCGACGAAUUCAAAGAAAGAGACUUCUUAGGUAGUACACAGGAAGACACUGGUAUUGAUGAGUCUGCAACAGAGUCGUCGCCGUUUGAGCACAUUCUUUCUGGAAUUGAUAUCCGAGAUCUAGAUAUUGAUUAUUCCACACGCACUUCUUUUCUCCCAGCUGCCGCGAGCGCCGCAACAUCGUUACCCCAGACUCCGACUAAUACCGGGAGAAAGAAUCGUAAAGCCUUUUUCUUUGGUGUAGCACGUGACGGGUGGGUGCGUCCACCAAACUUCGUUGGAGGUGGUAUCGGAAUGGACACUUACGAUGGCAGAGAGCAACAACGCCUUCCUUGGCCGUACAACAUCCACCCUUCUUUCUUGGAAAAUGAUAGGAGCGGGAGCGGUCGUACAAUGAAGUUUGAGUUUUUUACGUUCGUGCAUUCUGACAAUUACCGAAACGAACUUGCCGAUUAUCAGCAAAUUCAACAGUCGGGAGAUCUAAAUGCACUCGUAAUGUUCGUUAGGCAUCAUCCUUUCGUGACGGAUGCAUUGCUACAGCUAAGUCUGGUCUUAUAUCAGACAAAUCACAGCCAGGAAGGACUUUUGUUGUUGCGAAGGUGUCUUUGGAUAUACGAGUGCUCGUCAUUGUUGCGGUUUGCCCGUGGAUUGGAAGGAUGCUGCCUCAUGGAUGCUGAUCAGCCUGAGAACUCGAUCUAUUUUAAAGCCCUGUUUCGCCUCGUUCAAGUUAGCCACCGAGCAACUCUCCCGAGAACCGCUUUGGCCGUGUCACGUUUCAUUUUGUCGUUGGACCCACUUCGUGACCCAACGGGAGUUCUCUUGUCUAUAGAUUACCAUGCUUUGGCUAGUAACGCUGUCUCCUCAGAUAGAUGGCUAGUAGACCUUAUCGACAGCGGCGUAGUUCUACUCUGGUACCGCGAGGACUCCGCCCUUGACAAAUUACUCAACGCUGAUCUUCGAAAUCUACCCAACAUGGCCUACUCGUAUGCGCUUGCCCUUUUUCGAUUGCAUAGCGAUUCUCCAUCAGAGGAGAGUUUCGAAAAAGCCAACCAUGCGAUACAGGCAGCAAUGAGUCAGUUUCCCGAAAUCGUUGGCCUCCUCUUACAACGCAACGAAGUUGAUAUUUCUGGUCGUUCUUUCCGUCGUGAUUGGAUCACAGUACUAGACCUUGCCUCUGAACGAUCCAGAAGCUUACGAAACGAAUGGCUGUCUACAGUGAACGAUGGUGCGAUUGUAGUUGCGGCAACCCUUCAAGCCUGCGAUCUCAUCACAAAAAUCUUUGUGGAAACGAGCGCAAAGCUCUGGAGCGACGACGGCGUUCAGCAAUGGGUUUUCGACAAUAUGAAAAUGCUUUACAGUAGACGUCUAGAUUUUCUUGAGGUUCCAGAGUCGCUCAGUCCUGCUCUGAUACGCUAUAUAUCGUGUGAUCCCAGUGACUACGAGAGCCAUUUGCCACUUCUACCACAAGAUGCCAACGUCGUCGAUGUGAACUUAAUCGCGCUUGCGAUGGACAUCAACCCGAACUUGCCGCGACUGUUACGGAGGAUGCCGCCAAUGGACAACGGUGCGGGGCAGUUGGAAGGUCAUCGUUUACAUGAUGGCUUUUCUGCCGCACAACCAUUACUCGGAGGGCCGCCAAGCCAGAUGAUUGACCCUGACUGGCCUAUAGUUGAGGUGUUUUGGAGGAGUUUUCUACCUUGGACUCACGUUGAUGGAGUGAUCCCACCUAGACGGUAG